AUGUCAAAGCGACUUUCGGAAGGAGAGUGUGGUGAGAUCUAUGGUCUUCACCUUGCAGGAAAACCCCUCCAAGAAAUUGCAUCAUCUUACAGUGUAAACAAUACCACAGUCACUCGAACAAUUCAGCGAAAAGAUGAUACAGGAACACAUGCGACUUGUCCUAGAAGUGGUCGGCCCUUGAAAUUGACCGUGGAAGACGAGAGGGAGAUUUUAGGGAGGAUUGACAAGGACCCUAAUUGUCCUUGGCAAGUUUUUUUUUCAUAUGGAAAGGAGCUGGAUGAUGAGGGUAAACAAGUGAGUGGAUCAACUGUGAAGCGGCAUAUGGAGGAGAAGGAAGACCUACACAAGCGGGUGGAAGGAGUGAAGCCAUGGCUUCCUCCGCAUUUAGGCAGUUGGAAUCAGUGGGCAGAGGACAACGAGGGACAAGACUGGAACUGGGGGAUAUGGACAGACGAGUGUACAGUGGAGGAAGGAUCAAAGAAGCAUGGACGGGACUGGACCAUACACCGACCACACAAGGAGUUCAAGCCAAAACACUUCAAAGCCGAUUUCCAUUCAUCACGCAUCACUAUCCCAGUCUGGAGCGCUAUCACAUAUAAUCACAAACGGCCUCUCUUUCGCAUCCCUAUCGAUAAAAUCCGUCUUCCUACCAAUACCAUCAAAACUAAAUACAUCAACCUCAUCCUUCGUCCCCUUCUCCACUCCUAUGUCAUUGAACUACAGUCCGAGGGUCAUGCAGAUGUUCUCGUCAUGAGUCCACUCGGACUCCAUCGUCUUCCUCAUCCCCCUUACUCGCCUGGCUUGAACCCUAUCGAGUCACUUUGGUCUGAUUUGAAGCGGGAACUGGAUAAACUGGCCCGGAAGUCAACCUCAGCCGAUCAGACAUUUGCAGAAAUGGAACGGAUUUGGAAUGCAAUCCCGGUAUCUCGGGUGAAUCGCUUGAUUGAAGGAAUGGAGAGCCGGAGACUUGCUCUGAUAGCGUUCGGAGGACUCCAGACACACUUCUAG